CACCUUUUUGGCAUUUUUUAUCCUCAAUAUGGUACUUCAUUGCUAAUUGAGUUGGCAGCCUUGCAUGUCAGUUGGUCUGAAAUUCGCCGACAAGAAUAAAUAAAAGAACAAAAACAGUGAAGAAAAUUGUAAAAUUUCUGUUCAAAACCAUUUCUUAUCUAAAUUAUCGACUUGAAUCAAGUAGACGAAUGAUCAAAUAAACGUAUGAAAAAAAGCAGUGUAAUUUUUUAGGCUAAUUUAGAAAAUUGGGUUAACUAUAUACAAAUGCCAGCAUGCAAAUGUGCUUGUAUCCGCACUAUUGCAUUAUGUUGCGCGUAUGGUUGAAGUACCACAUACCAUGUUUGGCUCUUCAUCUUCUGGUUCAUUCGUUUUUGGUAUCGCUGAGUCGUUGCUUUCUAUUUUCACCUUCCGCAAACAACAGGAUGUACUCAAAGCAACUGGCGCUACUGGCGCUGAACUUUCGCAACAAUUUCGUGAACACUAUCCACUUGCAAAUCAAAGUCUUCUACUGAUUCUUAUACUAACAAAUCACUGUACCACUAAAGAUAAUCCAUAUCGCGCUAGCUUAUUUGGCUGCGCUGAUUCGAAAGAUUCGCCGAAAGAAGGCGCUACUUUCCAGAUCGACUUCACCUCCGUUUACGAGACUUUAUGUCGUAUUGUGACCAUCGACCAAGCCACAUUGUUGUUAUAUCUCUUGCUACAUCGAAAUGAACGUUUCUACCGCUUUGUAAUGGCGCAGAAUGACCUAGAGAAUUUGGUGAUACCUAUAUUGCAGACAUUGUACCAUGCUCCGGAUAGUACUUCGCAUCACAUCUACAUGUCACUAAUCGUCCUGCUAAUACUUAGUGAGGAUGAUGGAUUCAACAAGAAUGUGCAUAAUAUAAUGCUUAAAAACAUCCAUUGGUACACAGAGCGCACCAUAUCGGAGAUAUCGCUGGGUGGUCUUCUAAUCCUGGUUGUCAUACGCACCAUUCAAUAUAAUAUGUUGAAAAUGCGUGAUAAAUAUUUGCAUACAAACUGUCUGGCGGCGCUGGCGAAUAUGUCUGGGCAGUUUCGGGCAUUACAUCCAUAUGUAGCGCAAAGACUUAUAUCGCUUUUUGAAACAUUAGCGCGUAAGCACACGCGUCUCGAUGCGCAGCUGAAAGAACCUGUUAAUAAUGGAGUUUUCGUGAACGUUAACACCACGCCUGAGGAUAUGCUACAAGAUCUCACAGUGUUAGAAGAGGUGUUACGGAUGGUUUUAGAGAUACUUAACUCUUGUCUAUCCAAUCAGUUGGUUUACUGCCCAAAUCUGGUCUACACUUUACUAUAUAAACGAAGUGUUUUCGAAAGUUUCCGCAGCCAUCACGCGUUUCAAGAUAUAAUACAGAACAUAGAUAUGGUUGUAGGAUUCUUUUCCUCGCGUCUGCAGCGAGUUCAGGAGCAGCGUGGAGAACUGGGCGUAAACGAGGUGUUUGAGGUGAUAUCUAAAGGUGCCAGUCAAUGGUCGAGUGACCGGCUUAGGAAAUUCCCUGACUUGAAAUUCAAAUAUGUUGAGGAAGAUGCGCCUGAGGAGUUUUUCAUUCCGUACGUAUGGACAUUGGUAUGCAAAUACGGUUGCGUGCAUUUUAGUUCGGAAAGUAUUAAAGGUGUGACCACGGAUAUACAAUGCUAAUACAAUACGACAAUAGAUGAAAUUAACACUAAGCAGCAACAACACAUACAGUACACCGACUUUUUGAAGUUUCGGUUUUGUAGAAAUGAGAUGCAAUUGGUAGUAAUAAUGGCGCUGAUAGUAUUGUAACGAAGAUAUCUAUCAGCUUAGUGUGUAAUAUAUUAGCCUUAGAGGAAUCAUAUAUAUUUUUCAUUUCUGCCAACUUCUUAAGCGUCAAAACAUACACGCUGACGCGACAAUUACAAAAAUACAUAUGUAUGUGCUUAUCACGUAGGAAAAAAGAAGUUUGUAAGAAAAUAUCUUCGCAUGGGGGUGUAUUAGAAAUACAACAAUUUACUUUUAAGUAUUUUUAUGAUAAAUGUUGCUGAUUUUUUAUGUUACAGCUUUAAAUAUUUUCUCUCCUAUAAAUUAAAAUCGACCCAAUGAAUGAUUGAAUUAAUAAAUUUUGGAUAUGCGCGCAAUAUAGACUAUAAUUUUAAAUUGCUCUUUCAUCUAUACGAAAACUACUACUUAUAAAUUAAAUUAUAGAUCUUGGGGCGUUAUACAAAAUUUGAAAUAUUAAUUAGCAAACUAUUACAUCUAAAUUAAAUUAAAUUAAAGCAAUUCGAUUGUACGAAUGAACAACUGAGCUGUAAAACGCCCAAACAGUUGCAAAAAAAUGAGCAAUAAAUGAAAUAUUUCAAAAUU